GCCCGUCCCGCCCACCGCUGCUCCCUUGCCUGAGCUGCCGCCCGCCGUGGGAUCGAUCGGUAAUCGGUCCAGAGCGCGGUGCAGCGAGCGGGAGAGCGCGGGGGGCGUCGUCGACGGCCGUCCGGUCCGUCGUGCCGCUCUUGCGUUCUUGGCCUUGGUCCGCGCGCGUCCUUCAUCAGGUGGGAGCCAGGGUGGCGCCUCGUGAGUUGGCGCGGCGGUGCAAGACCGCCGGGUGCCGCGCGCCAAGCUCGAGGCGGUGGGCUGGGUGAUGGUGCGCCUCCUCCGGCGCGGACACAGCCUUGAAAAGACCGGAUCGCACAACAGGAACAUCAGCAGCAGGGAGGACGCCACCUCAGGAGCGGCAGCCACACGGCCGAGAUGCACGAGUCCCUUUCCAAUGGAGCCGGCGGCACCCCGCCCCUUCCCAACGGUCGGGCAGCGGCUGCCGGGGCGGCGCGGUCGCGCCUGGGCCGCGACGGGCCGCCCUCCGAGCUGGACGUGAUGAAGGAGAAGUUCUCCAAGCUCCUGUUAGGCGAGGACAUGUCCGGCACCGGCAAGGGCGUGCCGUCCGCGCUCGCGCUGUCCAACGCCAUCACCAACCUUGCGGCGUCCGUCUUCGGCGAGCAGCGCAAGCUGGAGCCCAUGGCGCCCGACACCAAGGAGCGCUGGAAGAGGGAGGUCGGAUGGCUGCUCUCCGUCACCGACCUCAUCGUCGAGUUCGUGCCCACGCGCCAGACCGCGGAGAACGGAACUACGAUGGAGAUCAUGUCCACGGCGCAGCGGCGCGACCUCGCCAUGAACAUCCCAGCGCUACGAAAGCUCGACGCCAUGCUCAUCGGCUACAUGGACAACUUCGUGGACCAGACCGAGUUCUGGUACGAGAAGGGUGGGGACAACAAGCGCGACGACGACAAGUGGUGGAUGCCGACGGUGAAGGUGCCGUCGGAGGGGCUGUCGGACGUGACCCGCAAGUGGCUGCAGUACCAGAAGGAGUGCGUCAACCAGGUGCUCAAGGCGGCCAUGGCCAUUAACGCGCAGGUGCUCGUGGAGAUGGAGAUCCCGGAGAUCUACAUUGAGUCGCUGCCAAAGAAAGGGAAGACGAGCCUGGGCGACGCCAUCUACCGGAGCAUCACCGAGGAAACGUUCGACCCGCUGGAGUUCUUGGCCGGGAUGGACCUUUCGACGGAGCACAAGGUGCUGGACCUCAAGAACCGCAUCGAGGCCUCCACCGUGAUCUGGAAGCGCAAGAUGCAGACCAAGGACUCCAAGUCCUCGUGGAGCUCCAUCGUCAGCUUCGAGAAGCGCGAGCAGUUCGAGGAGCGCGCCGAGACCAUCCUCCACCUGCUCAAGCUCCAGUUCCCCGGCACGCCGCAGUCCCAGCUCGACAUCUCCAAGAUCCAGUACAACAGGGACGUCGGGUACGCCCUCCUGGAGAGCUACUCGCGCGUGCUCGAGAGCCUGGCGUACAGCGUCAUGUCCCGCAUCGAGGACGUGCUGAGCGCGGACGCGGCGGCGCAGAACCUGACGGCGAGCGAGGCGGCGCGGCGAGCGCUGGAGUCGACGUCGGCGGAGCUGCCCGCGGCGCGGAAGCUGGACGCCAAGGAGGAGCUGGAGAAGCUGAACGAGGCCCCGGCGUCGAUGACGCUGUUCGACUUCAUGGGCUGGCACUUCGACCAGGACGAGCUGAUGAAGCGCAGGGAGGACGGCACACUGGACGCGGACGGGGAGGCCAUGCUCCUCAAGAAGGCGCCCAGCAUGGCCCCCAAGAAAUUCUCCUACGUCGACAGCCUCUCCUCCGGCGGCAUGAGGAGCCCCUCCGCGCGCCACUGAUAGUGCGCCACCAUCCACUGACCGGCCGACGUGCUAACAGCAGCUCAGUCAUCUACGAUUCGACACCAUGGAUCGUCGAUCGUUCAGCAGCACAAGAGACGACAAUGGAGACGACAGCUCCUCGGGUCCGGUCCGAUCGAUUCUUGCUUACGUGUACAUAGCUGAGGCGCAGGCGCAGCACCUACUUACCCAUUAACGUCAUUGCCAGUGAGAGUUUCAUCAUAAUUUUAUUUUUAUUAAACAAGAUGAUACAUCACGAUAUUUGAUGACAUGACACGGUAUUAUAAUAAGAGAGGCGAAGAGAAUUUUAUGG